AUGGGUUUCCUCAUACUCUGCUUAAUUCUGGCCGCAUGGGUGAGCGUCGACUCAUCCAUUUUGAACCCAGAAUGGCGAACGGAAUUUCUUGGAGAGCAGAAGUUUUCCAAAAGAGAGGCUGUUGACGGAGCACAACCAUUGGGAGACUCCAUCGAGGAAGUCAACACGAGAAGAGGAGUUGCAGCCAAGCUGUUCCAGGGAGAUAUCGUCCUUUCGAAGGAGCAAAAGGAUCAAAUCGCUGAAGGUAUUAGAAGAGCUCGUCCCAAAAGGCAAGCCUUCAAUGACAAAACCUUCCCCGCCUUGAAAUGGUCGAAAGGAGUUGCUUACAUGUUAUGGGAUUAUCUAGAUGAGGAAACCAAAACUUCGUUCAAAAAAGCAGCACAAUUGUGGAUGGAUGACACAUGUGUUAACUUCACAGAAUACACAGUGGAUAUGAUAAAAAGGAAGAAACCAGAGCACUACCUUGUUGUGGUCAAGGGCGAGGGAUGUAGCUCGGAUCUUGGCAGAAGGGUGAAAGAAGGGCCGCAAUAUCUCUCACUCGCAGAAGGCUGUGAAACGGUAUGUGUUUAA